AGAAUUCAAAACUCUAGAUAAAAAUAUCAACCCGGAGCAAGAAGCACAUUUUCGUGACCACAUCCCGGAACAUUGCAAUAUCAAUCGAACUAUCGAAACAUUUACGAAACAAAUUAAAACACGUUACGUGCAUAUUGUCUAGAGGUGAAAGCACAAAAGUUCUAUCGCAAUGUCGUGGUUAUUCGGGUAUAAAAGCCAAGCAACCCCACAAGCAGGCGGUGAUGGAGGUCCUGAACCACCGGGGCCGCCACCCUCAUCGGCCGGUAGCGCCGGUCAGAUGGCAGGUGAUUCUAAUCUUACCAAAGCCGAGCGGAAAGCCAUGGAGGCCUAUCGGUUCGAUUCGUCAGCGCUGGAAAGGGCAGCCGAAGCUGCACGCACCCUGGAACGAUCGAAGCAUGCACGCGAAGCGCUGGAAUUAUCGAAAAUGCAAGAAAGUACUCGCCAGCAGGAGUAUAUGGCCAAGGUGAAGGAAUAUGAAGCUCACAUAGAAACGUCCAAAGUGGAACAGAAACGUGUGGACCAUGAAGAGCGCCGAAAGACGUUGGCUGAGGAGACAAAGCAGCAACAGCAGCGAGCUCAGUAUCAGGAUCAGCUGGCCAGGAAACGCUACGAGGAGCAGCUUUCCCAACAGCAGCGCGUACAGGAGGAAAAUCUCCGCAAGCAAGAGGAAAGCGUAGCGAAACAGGAAGCGAUGCGCCGCAAGACGAUCGAGCAUGAAAUGGAACUACGUGAGAAGAAUAAGAUGAAGCUGUUGGAGGCCGAAUUGCGGGCAAAAGCAAAAGUAGAUCGUGAAAACCGUGACCUCACGCUAGAGCAAAUUCGUUUAAAGGCGGAAGAGAAUCGAAUUACUGUGAUGGAAGGCAUUAAAACGGCGGGAUCCGUGCUGGGACAGGGUGCUACUGCGCUGUUAACCGAUUGGAAUAAGGUGGUAACAACUGUCGGUGGUUUAUCGCUGCUAGCGCUCGGUGUUUAUACGGCAAAGGGUGCAACGGGAGUGACGGCCCGAUAUGUUGAGGCACGGAUAGGCAAACCAUCGUUGGUUAACGAAACAUCGCGCUUUUCGCUAUUGGAAGCGCUUAAACAUCCCAUCGAUACGGUGAAACGCUUGAAGAACAAACCAACUGAUGCUCUACAAGGUGUGGUUUUGCAACCCAAACUUGAAGAGCGCCUGCGGGACAUCGCAAUUGCGACGAAGAAUACCAAGAACAAUAAGGGUCUGUAUCGGAAUAUCCUCAUGCACGGACCGCCAGGAACUGGUAAGACCAUGUUUGCCAAGCGGCUCGCAACACACUCCGGUAUGGACUACGCCAUCAUGACCGGUGGUGACGUCGGUCCAAUGGGUCGUGAAGCAGUGACAGCCAUCCACAAAGUGUUCGAUUGGGCCAGCACUAGCAGGCGUGGUUUGCUGCUGUUCAUCGACGAAGCCGAUGCAUUCUUGCGCAAACGUUCAUCCGAACAAAUAUCCGAAGAUAUGCGGUCGGCAUUGAAUGCGUUCCUGUACCGCACUGGUGAACAGAACCCAAGGUUUAUGCUGGUACUGGCUUCUAACACUCCUGAACAAUUCGACUACGCCAUAAACGACCGGUUGGACGAGAUGGUGGAGUUCACGCUGCCCGGGCUAGAGGAACGGGAACGUUUGAUACGUUUAUAUUUUGACAAAUUCGUAUUACAACCUGCCGCUGAAGGAAAGAAACGCUUCAAAGUGGAACAGUGGGACUAUAGUGCUGUGUGUAGUAAAAUGGCUAAGCUGUGUGAAGGCAUGUCUGGUCGUGAAAUCUCGAAGCUCGGUGUAUCCUGGCAAGCGGCGUGUUACGCCUCGGAAGAGGGUAUCCUCACCGAACAGAUGGUGCUAGAUCGGUGUGAAGCAGCCGCUCGCCAGCAUCGACAGAAAAUGGCUUGGCUUUCGGAACAGGAAAAACUCGAUCACAAAUCCAUCACAGGUGGUAAGGGUUUUCUGACACAGUAAAAGUUACCGGCACUAGCCGGAGUUAGUAGAAAGAGCUAUAAUAAUCGGUGAUGGAUGGGUUGGAUGGAACUUUCGAUUUCGUUCCCGAGUAACGAUCCCAUUAUGGUGCUCAUUAGAUGCAAUCAAUGGCAAUGAGCGGGGAUUGUGACACAGGAACAGUUACGAAACAUUCGUUGUGGAAAAAUAAUGGUGUUGCAACAUACCACCAUUUCCUAGCAUCCAUCCCGAAGGGGCGUAUCGUUCUACUGUAGGAGAUUUAUAUUAAACUUCCUAUGAACGAGCCCACCUUAAUCCACACAGUUCGACAGAAUGCAUUUUAAAAAAGAACAGCUGUUAACGGAACUACAUGUGGUUAGCAUCUUUCCGGUGAAGUAGCUAACCCGUCUUGUUGUUCGACUCCAAAUGUGUUCAAGUUCGAUAGAGAUAAGUCAAAUGUUUCCUUCUCCCUUCUAUGCGGUACAUACCGGUAAUGUUAUGAAAUGCCGUAAAAAUGCAAAUGUUGUCUGUUACGGAGCUUUAGUUACGUUUACCUUUCUUUCUUUUUUGUUUGGAACAAUAUUGGACAUUGGAAGGCAUAAAAUACAAAACAGUGCAAAAUGAGAAUAGUUUA